GUCGAACAGCGCGGAAUACGCAUAAGCGAUUGUAGUAUAUCUAUUAAAAUGUUGAGAGUUUCUCUGAAUAUUGCUACGGUGGCCUCCAUUCUAACGAAAAGAUUACUUUCUACUAGUUGCAGUUUGCAAAAUAGAUCUCCCUUAGAGUUGUCUUACACUGUAUAUGAUAAAACAAAAGGUGACCCAAACACUCCACCUGUACUGAUCUUGCAUGGUCUGUUCGGAUCCAAAUCAAAUUGGAACAGUCUCUCGAAGGCAUUCCAGCAGAAGACAAACCCCACUAGGAAGAUUUACUCAAUAGACGCGCGAAAUCAUGGCGAAAGUCCACACUCACCGGUUCACUCCUACGAGCACAUGGUGGAUGACUUGGUGGCGCUUUACCAGAAACUUGAUAUCGAGAAAGCUUCCGUUAUCGGGCACAGCAUGGGUGGACGCGCUAUGAUGUUACUGGCUUUGAAGCACCCCCACUUGGUCGAUCGAGCCGUUAUCGUGGACAUCUCACCCGCCUCGGGAUUGGGCACUAGCAACACAAAUAUCCCGCUCUUCCUGCAGUCAAUGAAAUCGAUCAAAAUAUCUCCCGAUCAAACUAUUCAUCAAGCGCGUAAAAUCGCAGACGAGCAGCUGAUGAAAAUUAUCGCCGAGAAACCGUUGCGAGAUUUUUUGAUUACCAAUCUGGCGAAGUCUGACGAGGACGGCACUUUCCGGUGGAGAAUAAAUUUGGAAUCGUUAGAGAGUAAUUUCAACGAUGGUGUGGCCCGAUUUCCGGAUGUCAGUGGAUUGAGCUUCGGCGGUCCGACGCUGUUUAUUGCUGGUGGGCGAUCGGAUUAUAUCAAGAAAUCAGAUAUACCCAUUAUUAGGCAGCUCUUUCCCAAAUCGAAUAUUACGUAUGUCGAAGGUGCGGGACACUGGGUACACAGUGAGAAAUCUGCCGAGUUUGCCUCGUUAGUUUUAGAAUUUUUAAAUGCUAAAGAUUAACAGAAUUGUUUUUGACGGUUUGGCGGUUCGAAUUGAAAAUUGCUAGCGAAAAAUUGUUUAAAACUACGGACUGAGAUAGAUUGAAAAGAACAAAACCUUCGGGAACACACCUGUCGGCUUCUCAAAUUCAAUAUCAACGCCUAUAUGAAUAUGGCCUCCGGGAAUGGUUCGGAAACUCUUUGCUAGGUGUGACGAUCAAAGUACUAGGAGUCUUUCAAACAAAUUAGAUGUUUCUUCAUCAGAUUUCGUUUAGUGAAAUUUAUAGAAUACUCUGAUUUUCUUUUUAUGAUGCAACCAAAAGUUAAACUAAAAAUUAGAUAAAAAAACGCUUA